AUGGCUCAAGACAAGGACAGACGCCUCGUCCUCUCAGUGAAUGCUGGUUCCUCGUCUCUUAAAAUCUCAGUCUUUUCGCCCAACACCUCUUACGAUUCUUCCUCUCCAUUCUCCGAACCAGUUUCUCUCCUCUUAACCUCCUCCAUCGAGAACCUCACUUCUCCUCCCGCGCAUUUCUCCUUUUCCGCUGCUGUACCCGGCGUCUCGGACAAGAAACUCAAGAAUGCCGAAGUACACGAAAUAAAGGACCACGAGAGCGGCUUCGCGUAUUUCGUCCGUUUUCUCGCUGAGAACACCAGAUUCGAGAAAGACCAUGUGAAGCAUGUGUGCCACCGUGUCGUUCAUGGUGGCGAUUAUCCCGGACCGGUUCUUAUCUCAACCGAGUCUUAUCAUCAUAUCGAAAGUCUUUCGGAUCUAGCGCCUUUACAUAAUGGUCGUGCACUCAACGUCAUCGAGGCCUGUCUCAAGAUUCUUCCCAAUGCCGACUCUAUCGCGUUUUUCGACUCAAUGUUCCAUUCAACACUUCCGGACUGUGUAGCAAAGUAUGCCAUUAAUCAAGACGUUGCGGGUUCAAAGGGACUGCGUAAAUACGGCUUCCACGGUCUUUCGUACUCGUACAUCGUACGCGCCGUUGCUGGUUAUCUCAAGAAGCCAAUCGACAAAAUGUCAAUUGUCGUAAUGCAUCUCGGUUCCGGCGCUUCGGUAUGCGCGAUUAAAGAUGGGAAGAGCGUGGAUACCUCUAUGGGACUCACACCUCUCGACGGACUUCCAGGCGCGACACGUUCAGGACACGUUGACCCGUCACUCAUCUUCCACUAUACAAAUACAGCCGCACGUAUCUCCCGCCAAGCAGCCGAAGCUGUCGAGAUCACCGAAGCAGAAGAGAUCCUCAACAAAGAAAGCGGCUGGGCAGCUCUCGCUGGUACAACGAACUUUGCGCAAAUUGCAGAACGCGCAGGAAAGAAAGAGUACCCUAACGAAACACUUGCAUUUGACUUGUUCGUGGAUCGGAUAUUGGGGUAUGUGGGCUCGUAUUUGUUGAAACUUGGUGGAGCGCCACGUGUGGAUGCGCUUGUAUUUAGUGGAGGGAUUGGGGAGAGGAGUGCAAGGUUGAGGGAGGCGGUGCUUGAGAGAUGUCGGUGUGUUGGCUUUGCGCUUGACGAGAAGUUGAAUGAGCAAGUGGAUGGGAAGGAGGGUGUUGUGAUAGAGAUUGGUACGGGAGUAGAGGGUAUGAAGUCCCUUGUGUGUCGGACGGACGAACAGCUUGAGAUGGCGAGGCAGUGUAGUUUGCAGGAUAAGUUCCCUGAAUGA